AUGGCUUCCACCGUCUUCGCCACGGAGGCUACUCCCGCCGCCGUUGAGUCUAUCCAAACGAACUUCCCCGGUUCCGUGGAGGAGACUGGCUACAUCGCAACCGUCGCCGAAAAGCUCAAGGAGCACGGGUUCACCAAGGACAACAGCAUCGCGCUCGUGAGCACGUGCCGUGACGAGGCAUCGCGUCUGCUCGACGCCACCAUUGACAAGCACUUCGGCCUCACCUUCGCGCACAACGGCCUCGCAAGAGUGCCGCCCGGUGGCGCGCUUGCGAUCAAGGCCGGCGCGUCUCACAGCCCGCAGGACGAGAGUGGCAAGGAGCGAUAUGUCUUUUUCGAUCUGACCCACAUCGGUGUCGACGAGACCGGCGCUAUCGGUAAGAUGCGCCGCGAAGGCCGCUCCGCGGCUUCCGGCGCGUGCGGCGCGCUUCUCGCGCUGACCGCGCAGUUCAGCGCGAGCAAGGACCUCCCGGAGGCGUCGGAGGACGAUCUCGAGGUGCACAACCUGACGAAGAAGCUCCUCGCCGUGAACCCCGAGCCGAACAUCGUGGCGGUUACCAAGGCGGCCGUGGAUGUCAUCAACAGCACGCUGGAGCACCUGAUCAGCCUGGAGAACACCGUCGAGUACAUCACCCCGUCGCUCGCCUAUGUGGUUGUUGACGGAGUGAAGAAGGAACUGUCCCUGUAA